AUGCCAGAGCCGCCAGAGUUUGGCCCCAUGUCGCUGCAGGGCAAAUAUGCGUCGUGUUUGCAUUUGGAAAGUCUUUCCCGAGUUGAGGCUACACCUGCCAAUAGCCAACUUUCCAGGAAGGCCGAAGCCGAGAGCUUCUUCCUCCUCAUCAAUGUCGGCUGGUUCGACGGAGGCGACAAGAGAGGUCCGAUUGUGAAACGUGAGCCUUCUAGCGCUGAGGAUGAGAGUUUCUUUCUUCAGACUGAUGCUGGUUGGUUUGAUGGUGGUGAUAAGAAACGGGCGACAGGUGGUGCCGGAUCGGAGGAGUGGGCGUCUUGA